AUCCGGGUUCCCGGGACUGGGAAAGUGGCCUGGUAACCAGGCAACUACUGAUCAAUCCCCUCCCCGGCUGAUUUGCGCAUCAGGUAGUCGCCGCUCUGCGCUCAACGGUGGCGAGUUUCAGUAGCCAAGUGCCCCGCCCCCGUUGCCAUAACAGCAGUACACAACCCUCCGUCCCCUCGUCCGCUUGCUAAACAGUCCUUCCCUCUUGGGACCAAGGGCCUCUCCAGAACUGCUUCUGAUUGAGCAGAAACAGGGAGGAGGACUGAGCUUAUCUGACUUCAGAGCCUUCAGGAGGGAAGAAAGAUGUCAGAUGAAGAUGAUCUAGAAGACUUUGAGCCAGACCAAGAUGAUUUUGAGAAAGAAGAGGACGAGAAGGAGACAGAGGAGGGGGAGGACUACAGAAAAGAGGGGGAAGAGUUCCCUGAGGAAUGGCUGCCCACGCCCCUCACGGAGGACAUGAUGAAGGAAGGGCUUUCUCUGCUCUGCAAGACAGGCAGUGGGCUGGCUCAUGCUUAUGUCAAGCUGGAGGUUAAAGAGAGGGACCUGACAGACAUCUAUUUGCUGCGCUCCUACAUCCAUCUGCGCUAUGUGGAUGUUUCUGAGAACCACCUGACAGACCUGUCGCCACUCAACUACCUCACCCACCUGCUCUGGCUCAAGGCUGAUGGCAAUCAGCUGCGAAGUGCCCAGCUGAAUGCACUGCCCUACCUGCAGAUUGCUAGUUUUGCUUAUAACCAGAUUACUGACACUGAAGGCAUCUCUCAUCCUCGUCUUGAAACACUGAAUCUCAAAGGGAACAAAAUCCACAUGGUGACAGGUCUGGACCCCCAGAAGCUGAUCAGCCUGCACACAGUGGAGCUUCGGGGGAAUCAGCUGGAAAGCACCCUGGGGAUCAAUCUUCCUAAGCUGAAGAACCUCUACCUGGCCCAAAACAUGCUGAAGAAGGUGGAAGGCUUGGAGGACCUGAGCAAUCUCACCACCUUGCAUCUUCGAGACAACCAGAUUGACACUCUGAGUGGCUUCUCCAGGGAAAUGAAAUCAUUGCAGUACCUCAACCUGAGGGGCAACGUGGUGGCCAACCUGGGGGAGCUGGCCAAGCUUCGAGACCUGCCCAAGCUGCGAGCCUUGGUGCUGCUCGAUAACCCAUGCACGGAGGAAACCAACUACCGCCAGGAGGCCCUGGUGCAGAUGCCAUACCUCGAACGCCUGGACAAGGAAUUCUAUGAGGAGGAGGAACGGGCUGAGGCUGAUGAGAUUCGACAGAGUCUGAAGGAAGACAAGGAGAAGGAGCAGCAGCCUGAGCCCGAGCGUGACCUGGAACCGGAACAGUCAUUGAUCUAGCAGCAGUUCCAGCCUCUAAAGAUAGAGAUCAAAAACGCUGGCCUUCAGACCUGAUCAGACUCCGGGCGGGGCGGGGGGGAGGGGCACCACAUUCAUACCCCCUAGGGUGAGGAGAGAGGAUGCCUCUUUUUGCCCCAAAGCUGGAAAUUCAUCACAACCUGAGGCCCAGGAUCCGCUCUGUGCGGGUCCUCUGGGCAGUGUGGGGUGCAGAGUGGGGUGCCUAGGCCUAAGCGCUGCCCGGAGCCUAGGCCGGGGGCCGUCCUCGGGCAGGUGUGGGUGGGAGCCAAGCCCGCGUGGGCCGCGGGGUGCUGGUAGGAGUGGUUGGAGAGACUUGCGGAGGCGGCUGGGGUGUUCGGAUUUCCAAUAAAGAGACAGCGUGAU